AAUACAAUAACCAAGAAUGGGCUGCUUUCCAUUAUUCUCUACUGUUACUCUGUUUGUAGCAUCUCUUUCUCUUCUCAUCUCUUGCUCUUAUGGUGUCAACCCUGAUGUCCUGGCCACCAUUUGCUCCCAAACUCAAAACCAAGAAAUCUGUGAGAGUAUAUUAACAAGCGAUCCGCGUACUAGCUCGGCAGACCUCCCCACACUCUCAUUAAUAUCACUUGAGCUAACAAUGAAACAAGCUAGUGACAAUAACCAGAGUUUUACACAAUUUCGUGACAACACUACCAAUCCGUCUCUCAAAAAUGAUUUUUCCAAUUGUGUGACGCUUUACAAGGAUAUGCAAGACAAGCUCAAUGCGGCUCACCUGUUGUCAAAGCAGAGAAAGUACAAGGACAUCACUGAUUUAGGCCAGUUGACUACUCUAGCUUACAAUUGCGAAAAUGGCCUCCCUUCUGAUUCACCUACUGCUGCUAUAACCGAAGAUAUGCUCUUGACUAGCCAGACUGCAAUAAGUGUCAAUGCAUACAUUGCUACAUAAUUUGCAUACAUAUUUGACGGAAAAAUAUGUGCCUUUCUUUUAAUGAAAUCAUUGUCUUGAUUCACAUUUAUUUAUAAUAAAUUAAGGGGAGAGGGCUCAAACACGGAGAUCAAUGCUAUUGU